UAGCGACUCUAACGUUAAAAUUAAAACAGCUACUCUCUGGAUGUAUGGAUGGAGCACUACGAUCCGCCCUAUGAGGAGGUGCUAAGAGAGACAUUACUCGUGAUAGUGCUGCCCGACUAGGAGGGCUACGUCUAAGCAUGGCGAUCUUACAACCAUACAAAUACGAAGCUCCCGUCGUCUAGUUCUUUAUGCUCUCUCUCUAAGACUAAGUUGUCUUCGACUUUAUUCAGUGGGUCGACUCAUCAACAAUCAAAAUGAGGUAUCUUGGGACAACACUUCUCUCGCUCGUCGGCGCUGUCUCAGCUGCAGCUAUCAGCGCGUCGAAUGUAGCUACUAUCUCUUCCCCUGCCGCCGCAGACUACCCGAAGACAGACGGCCUACUUUUCAAUAUCGACGGAGAGACUAAGUACUUUGCGGGCACGAACAGCUACUGGAUCAGCUUCCUAACGAACAACGCGGACGUGGACAAGACGCUCGAUGCGCUCAAUAAAGCAGGACAUAAGAUCUUACGUGUCUGGGGUUUCAAUGAUGUGACUUCCCAGCCCGGUGGUGGAACCGUGUACUUCCAGCACCUAUCCCGUAGUGGCUCGACGAUCAACACAGGGGCCAAUGGGUUGCAGAGAUUAGAUUACGUGGUCCAGUCUGCAGAGAAAAGGGGUAUCAAGCUGAUUAUCAACUUUGUGAACAAUUGGGGCGAUUACGGGGGCAUGCCGGCUUACGUAACCGCCUUCGGAGGUAGCCAGACGACCUGGUACACCAACACAGCCGCGCAGACCCAAUACAAAGCGUAUAUAAAGGCCGUGGUAUCGCGAUACGCCAACUCGUCCGCGAUCUUCGCAUGGGAGCUCGCCAACGAGCCGCGCUGCAACGGCUGCCAAACCAGCGUCCUGACGAACUGGGCGUCGACCACCUCGGCCUACGUCAAGAGCCUAGACCCGAACCACAUGGUGACGCUUGGGGACGAGGGGUUUGGUUUAGCCGGCGAUGGAAGCUACCCUUACCAGUUUGGAGAGGGGCUUGAUUUUGCAGCGAAUCUGAAGAUUGCGACGUUGGAUUUUGGCACGUUCCAUCUGUACCCGAGUACUUGGGGCACGCAGUACGAAUGGGGCAACGGCUGGAUCGAGGCUCAUGGUAAGGCGUGCGAAGCCGCGGGAAAGCCGUGCAUCUUUGAAGAAUACGGCUCUACGACUGAUCACUGCGGCAUCGAGGGAAAAUGGCAAAAAACGGCCCUCGCAAGUAAAGGGUUGGCGGCGGAUUUGUUUUGGCAGUUGGGUAUGACGCUUAGCACGGGGCAGACUCAUAACGAUGGGUUUACUAUCUACGAUGGCUCGUCAGAGUGGACCUGUUUGGUUACGAAUCAUGUUUCUGCUAUCAAAUAAGUAGGGGUACAUGUCACUACGUAAAGUUCUUCGAUAUUGCCCAGAAGUCCUGGAAUAAUGAGAACGAAGAUUCCUUCCGAAAUAUCAUCCCCUGCUGGGCUUGGCAACCUACUUCUUAAAGCGCUACCGAGAUGACUUCUCAGCUCCAGCCUUGAGG